CCAGACAGAUGCGGCCCCUGAUGAAGGGUAACAGACGCCUUGAGUUCUCUGCGUCGCCCCCUCAUUUAAUGAUUGUGUUGUAUUUCUCCUGAAGCAUUUGGCGGAGCGUUCUCACCUCUGGCAGCCAGGACAUCAUCCCAGAGAAGAAUGGAUCCAGAAAUAACAGCGAAAAUCUUGCAGGAAAUAUCCAUCUUCAACCCCACGAUGGGUAACAUUGAGGACGUCUCAAUGCUCCAGGACAUCUGCGAUAUAUGGGACACAAUAUACAACUUCCAAGCUCGGGAUGGCGACAUUGUGGUUGCAUCAUACCCCAAAUCAGGCACCACCUGGAUGCAGGAAAUAAUGGAGCUGAUCCUUCAGGAAGGGGACAUGGAGAAGAGUAUGCGUGCUCCUAGCUUUGUCAAGGUGCCAUUUCUGGAGAUGGGGCACAGCUCUCUGGAUUUGGCUAACUCCAUGCCGAGUCCUCGUUUGCUUAAAACCCAUUUGCCAGUACAGCUGAUGCCACCAUCCUUCUGGGAGAAGAACGUCAGGACUGUAUACGUGGCGAGGAACCCUAAAGACUGCUUGGUCUCCUAUUAUUACUUCUACAAGAUGGAUCAGACAUUGCCAGACCCUGGAACCUGGGAGAAUUUCUUCUCAAUGUUCCUGGCUGGAGAAGUUGCCUGGGGAAACUGGUUUGACCAUGUCAUCGGCUGGUGGAAAAUGAAAAGCCAACAUCAGAUACUUUACGUCUUCUAUGAGGACAUGAUCGAGGAUCCCCGGCGUGAGAUUGAGAGAGUUAUGAGAUUCUUGUGUAAGGAUCUUUCCGAAGAGGUUCUGCAGAAGAUCCAACAUCAUACUUCGUUCAAGUCAAUGAAGGAGAACCCAAUGGUCAAUUUCACAGCCCUCCCGCCAUCUGUGUUUGACACGUCCAUCUCAUCUUUCAUGCGGAAAGGAACUGUGGGAGACUGGAAGAACCAUUUCCUGGUUUCCCAAAACAUCUUAUUUGAUGAGGAGUACAGGAAGAAGAUGGAGGACAACGGCCUAAGCUUCCGCACCGAGCUCUGAGGAGGAAGAGAAGGAUCAUCUUCUUCAUAGAACCAUAGAAUUUUGACAGAAGAUAGGAACCACUUGGCACAUUUAGGAACCCUAAGCACAUGUAUACGACUAUACGCACACACAAAUGUUCAUUUUUGUUGGGAGCCAAUUAACCUACCAGUAUAUUUUUGGAUUGUGGGAGGAAACCGGAGCACCCGGAGGAAACCCAUGCAAGCACAGAGAGAACAUACAAACUCCACACAGUUAGGGACAUGGUUGAAAUUAAACCCAUGACCUAAGUGCUGUGAGGAAGUAAUGCUAACCAUUACACCAGCCGUACCAUUGGUAUAGAUGAAGAUCCAGUUUUUCAUUAUUAAAUUUAAUUUCUAUCUAAUAAACUGUAAUGUUUGUCUUUAA